AUGUGCAUUCUACUCGCAUCUUCAGCUCACCCUAAGUAUUCUCUGAUCUUGAUAUCUAAUAGGGACGAGUUUUACGAACGAGAGACUCAGCAUACAAGUUUAGACCAAGAUGGAUUUGUGCUUUGUCCAAUCGAUUUGGCUCUCAAUAGCGAUGGAACUGCCAAACGGGGUACCUGGUGUGGAGCGAACAAAGACGGUAAGAUUGCAGUGGUGCUGAACUUAAGGCACAAUGGGGCACGCCAAGCUGGGACGUGUGCAAAUCCAGUGUUUUCCAGAGGAAGCGUGCCCAUGAGGUUUCUGAAUGAUCGAAGUCCAUUCAAUGAGUGGAAUUCAUUUGAAAAAUUCGCGCACAAGUAUCCUCUGAUCCGAAAUGGGGAUCUCAACCUGUUUGUGGGCGAUUGUAAGAACAACAAGUUCACUGCCAUGGACUCUUUUGGCCUUAGCCUGCCCGUUCUAACUGCAGAAAAUCCAUAUCUAGUCAUCUCUAAUGACUUUAUCGACUCAGACAACAAAUGGCCUAAAAGACAAACGGCAGAGAACUUGCUCCGUCAGCUUGUUACCACUUCUUCGAACGCCUUAGAAGACCAAUUAAUUGACCAGUGUCUCAAACUCGCUUCCAACUCCGAAUGCGACGAAAAUGGUGAUAUUUUGAAGGAGCAGCUAACUACGAAUAGCAUUUUCAUUCCCCCUCUCGCAGCUCAGUCUGACCCCAACGCAGGGGCUACAUUACAGUGCGGCAAAUACUACGGUACUCGCUCGCAAAUUGUGAUUUUGGUUUCGAGAAGUGAACCAACGAUGACCUUUGUAGAAAGAGUUUUACACGAUUCAGACAAUGAUGCCUCUGCGUUUUCUCCGGCUCAUCCGAAGCAACGAGUCAUGUUUAAAAUGAGUCUUGAGAGCGAUCGAAAUUCAGGGUCUUUUAUCAAUUAG